AAGGAGGAACUUGGAGGAUGCUUAAAUAGCAGGCAGGCUUUCUCUAGUCAGCCGGCAGCUGGUCCAGCUUCCAGUCACCAUGAAGGCUCUCCUAGUUCUGGGGUUCCUCCUGCUCUCUGCCUCUGUCCAGGCCAAGACCUAUGAACGCUGUGAGUUCGCCAGAACUCUGAAAAGGAAUGGGAUGUCUGGCUACUAUGGAGUCAGCCUGGCAGACUGGGUGUGUUUAGCUCAGCAUGAGAGCAAUUAUAACACACAAGCCAGAAACUACAACCCUGGAGACCAAAGCACCGACUAUGGGAUAUUUCAGAUCAAUAGCCGAUACUGGUGUAAUGACGGCAAAACCCCAAGAGCAAAGAACGCCUGUGGGAUACCCUGCAGCGCUGUAGUCACCGAGAAGAGUUCGAAACACCAGCAAAGGAGAGACAUUCUCAGCCUGGGAACUGCGAGCAUCCACUUAAGUGGAAGCCUUUGGGAAACGCUCCUGCGGAAUGUCAAUCCUGCUGUCCAUACAUCUCUGCUGCAGGAUGACAUCACUCAAGCCAUACAAUGUGCGAAGAGAGUUGUGAGGGAUCCCCAAGGCAUUCGAGCAUGGGUGGCAUGGCAAAGACACUGUAAAAACCGAGAUCUAUCCGGGUAUAUUCGGAACUGUGGAGUCUGACCGCAGUGCACUUCUACUCAGCUCACUCUGUCUCUUUCUCACUGUGGGAGUAGCUAUGGGAAAGGUCACACUUCCUUGCUUUCCCCUCAAACCAACAGGGCUUUCACUUCUCAGUCUCCCAACGCACUGCACACUGCUCCCAGCAUCCCGCACAGUCUCACCACACACAUCUCUGCACAUCAGGAAGUAAUGCACAGUAGGCUCCAUCGGGAUCCAUCUUCAUCAGCCCUGUGCCGGAUACAAACAGCACAUAUUUACAGGAGACGAGUUGAUCUUGGGGAAUGGCAGUUGUGUGAGUGCCAGGGCUUUGUAUAGGCUCAGCACCCAGUUAGAACAGCCUCUGUGGUGGACCUGGAGGGCUUUUGAGGGCCCAGGACUCAGUGGAUGAGAACUGAGACUGCCUGAACUCAGAAACUUAUGAAACGUGUGAGCUUUCAAAACAGUAUCUUCUUAGAGCUGGCCUGUUUAUCCUGCCUUCAAAAUAAAUUCUCAGCCCGUAUGCCCGUCUGUUUUAACCCUUGAGAGGAUGUUCCCAGUCUUGUGAGGUGCUCAGGGGGACCAGUGAGCUGUGCUUGUCCAUAUCUUUCUUAAGUAGCUUCAUGCACACUAACCAACUCUGAGACAGAUGAGCUUGUAACACCAGACAAUAAUCACUAGAACAGAUCUAAUCUGAUAGAGAAAAAGUAUAAUUCUCAUUAAAUGAUUUUCAACGCA